AGCCAGCGGACUCCUACAUGACCAUGACCUCCUCCCAGAAGGAUGAGAAGGCUCAGGGAAACGCAGAACAACCAGCCAUACGGGUCGGCUUCUUCCAGCUGUUCCGCUUCUCCACGUGCAGAGAGGUGGUGAUGAUGGUGAUAGGCAGUGUGUGCGCGGUGCUGCACGGCUCGGCCCAGCCGCUCAUGCUGCUGGUGUUCGGCCUGCUCACAGACACCUUCAUCGAGUACGACAUCGAGCUCAAUGAGCUGAGGGACGUCAGGAAGGAGUGCGUGAACAACACCAUCCAGUGGAAGAGCGACUACACUGCAGCGCUCAACCAGUCGGACUGGAGCCUCAACUCCACGUGGGAGGUGCUCGUUCCGCUGAAGAACCUGACGUGUGGGGUUCUGGACAUCGAAUAUGAAAUGACCAAAUUUGCCCUGUACUACGUUGGAAUUGCAUUUGCUGUUUUCCUGCUGGGCUACCUUCAGAUCUCGCUGUGGGUGCAGGCCGCCGCCCGGCAGGUUCAGAUCGUCAGGAAGAUGUACUUCAGCAAAGUGAUGAGGAUGGAGAUCGGCUGGUUCGACUGCACCUCUGUUGGAGAACUCAACACACGCAUGUCCGAUGAUAUCAACAAGAUCAACGAUGCCAUCGCGGAUCAAGUUGCCAUUUUUCUGCAGCGCUUCACCACCUUCGUGUGCGGCUUCUGCAUCGGCUUCGUGAAAGGAUGGAAGUUGACGCUCGUCAUCGUCGCAGCGAGUCCACUCAUCGGUAUCGGAGCUGGUUUCAUGGCUCUGUUCGUGGCUAAACUGACCGGGAGGGAGCUGCAGGCCUACGCCAAAGCCGGAGCCGUCGCUGAUGAGGUCCUCUCCUCCAUCAGGACUGUGUCUGCGUUUGGUGGAGAGUUAAAAGAAGUGCAAAGGUAUGACAGGAACCUGAUCUCUGCACAGCGCUGGGGCAUCAGGAAGGGAAUGAUCAUGGGCUUCUUCACUGGAUACAUGUGGCUGAUCAUCUUCCUGUGCUACGCUCUGGCCUUCUGGUACGGCUCCGGUCUGGUGUUGGACACCGCGGAGUACACACCAGGAACACUCCUGCAGGUGUUCUUUGGUGUCUUGAUCGCUGCGAUGAAUCUGGGGCAGGCCUCUCCGUGUCUGGAGGCGUUUGCUGCCGGCCGCGGCGCCGCCACCAUCAUCUUUGAGACCAUCGACAGAGAGCCGGAGAUCGACUGUUUAUCCGAGGCUGGAUAUAAGCUCGACAGGGUCAAGGGAGACAUCGAGUUUCACAAUGUGACCUUCCACUAUCCAUCCAGGCCGGAUGUGAAGACCCUGGACCAGCUCAGUGUUGCAGUAAAAUCAGGGGAGACCACAGCCUUCGUGGGCCCGAGCGGAGCCGGGAAGAGCACCGCCAUCCAGCUCUUCCAGCGCUUCUACGACCCCAAGGAGGGCAUGGUCACCCUGGAUGGUCAUGACAUCAGAGGGCUGAACAUCCAAUGGCUGCGCUCGCUGAUCGGCAUCGUGGAGCAGGAGCCGGUGCUGUUCGCCACCACCAUCGCUGAGAACAUCCGCUACGGGCGACCCGGUGUCUCCAUGGAGGACAUAGUCGCUGCCGCCAAGGAGGCCAACGCCUACCACUUCAUCCAGGACCUGCCACAGAAAUUCAACACCAUGGUCGGGGAGGGUGGUGGUCAGAUGAGCGGAGGGCAGAAGCAGCGUAUCGCCAUCGCUCGGGCGCUGGUCAGGAACCCUCGCAUCCUGCUGCUGGACAUGGCGACCUCUGCCCUCGACAACGAGAGCGAGGCCAUCGUCCAAGAGGCGCUGGAUAAAGUACGCUUGGGCCGCACCACCAUCUCCAUCGCUCACCGUCUCUCCACCAUCAAGAACGCUGACGUGAUCGUGGGCUUCGAGCACGGCCGGGCGGUGGAGAAGGGCAAGCACGGCGAACUGCUGGAGAGGAAGGGCGUCUACUUCAUGCUGGUGACGCUGCAGAGUCAAGGAGACAAGGCCCUGAACGAGAAGGCUCGACAACUGGCCGAGAAGGAAGAAGAGCCGGUGAAGCAGAAUCUGUCCAGAGCAGGAAGCUACCGAGCCAGUUUGAGAUCCUCCAUCCGCCAGCGCUCCAGAUCCCAGCUGUCCAACCUGAUCCCAGACUCCUCAGCGUCCAUGGUUGGAGAGCUGGGGCCCAGAACCUACACGUUCUCACAGCCCGACACAUCCAAGGCCGACAUCCCAGAGGAGGAGGAGGAGGAAGUCGUGGAGCCGGCUCCGGUCGCCAGGAUCCUGAAGUACAACAUCCCCGAGUGGCCCUACAUGCUCUUUGGGUCCAUUGGAGCCGCGAUAAAUGGAGGAGUCAACCCCGUCUACUCUCUGCUGUUCAGUCAAAUCCUGGCUACGUUCUCAGUAACAGAUCCUGUGGCUCAGAGGAAGGAGAUCGAUAGUAUCUGCAUGUUCUUCGUCAUGGUGGGCGUCGUGUCCUUCUUCACCCAGAUGCUGCAGGGUUAUGCCUUCUCCAAGUCCGGGGAGCUGCUGACCCGCAGGCUGCGGCGGCUCGGCUUUCACGCCAUGCUGGGCCAAGAGAUCGGCUGGUUCGACGAUCACAGGAACAGCCCCGGGGCUCUGACCACACGCCUGGCCACGGACGCCUCGCAGGUUCAAGGGGCCACGGGGUCGCAGAUCGGAAUGAUCGUCAACUCCCUGACCAACAUCGGCGUGGCCGUCCUCAUGUCCUUCUACUUCAGCUGGAAGCUCACGAUGCUCAUCCUCUGCUUCCUGCCGUUCAUCGCUCUGUCCGGCGGCUUCCAGGCCAAGAUGCUGACGGGCUUCGCCAAGCAGGACAAGGAGGCCAUGGAGGCGGCCGGACGGAUUUCUGGUGAGGCCUUGAACAACAUCCGCACCAUCGCCGGACUGGGAAAAGAGCAGAGUUUCGUGGACAUGUACGAGGCCCAACUGGACGGCCCGUUCCAAGCGGCCCUGAAGAAGGCGCACGUGUACGGGGCCUGCUACGGCUUCGCCCAGUGCGUCGUCUUCCUGACCAACUCGGCCUCGUACAGGUUCGGAGGUUACCUGGUGCGACAGGAGGGGCUUCAUUUCAGCCUGGUGUUCAGGGUCAUCUCUGCCAUCGUCACCAGCGGCACCGCCCUCGGUAAAGCCUCCUCCUACACCCCCGACUACGCCAAGGCCAAGAUCUCAGCCGCACGUUUCUUCAAGCUGCUGGACCGGGUGCCUCAGAUCAGCGUCUACAGCGACAAGGGGGAUAAAUGGGACAACUUCCAAGGGAACCUUGAAUUCAUCGACUGCAAGUUCACGUACCCCACCAGGCCGGACAUCCAGGUCCUGAACGGGCUGAACGUGUCGGUGAGGCCCGGCCAGACGUUGGCCUUCGUGGGCAGCAGCGGCUGCGGGAAGAGCACCAGCGUCCAGCUGCUGGAGAGGUUCUACGAUCCGGACCACGGCCGAGUGUUGAUUGAUGGCCACGACUCCACUGGCGUCAACGUGCCCUUCCUGCGCUCCAAGAUCGGCAUCGUGUCCCAGGAGCCCAUCCUGUUCGACUGCAGCAUCGCAGACAACAUCAAGUACGGCGACAACUCCCGGGAGAUCAGCCUCAACGAUGUGAUGUCCGCCGCCAAGAAGGCCCAGCUGCACAACUUCGUCAUGGCGCUGCCUGAGAAAUACGACACCAACGUGGGCGCCCAGGGUUCCCAGUUGUCCCGUGGUCAGAAGCAACGCAUCGCCAUCGCCAGAGCGAUCAUCCGCGACCCCAAGAUCCUGCUGCUGGACGAGGCCACCUCCGCGCUGGACACGGAGAGCGAGAAGAUUGUGCAGGAAGCGCUGGACAAAGCCAGAGAGGGCCGGACGUGCAUCGUCAUCGCCCACCGCCUGUCCACCAUCCAGAACUCUGACAUCAUCGCCGUCAUGUCCCGGGGCUACGUGAUCGAGAAGGGGACGCACAACCAGCUCAUGGUCCUGAAGGGAGCCUACUACAAGCUGGUCACCACGGGAGCACCAAUCAGCUAACCGCUCGGGGACCAGCGUCCAAUCAGCCGAACACAACGUGGAGCCAUGCUUCACUCAGGCUGGAACCUGUGCUCAACAGGAAGUUACACCGGGUCACUCAGUAUUUAUUUUGAAGGUAUUUUAACUCAGAUCCUUGUUUGUGCACGUUCAUGUGCCGAGUGUGUCACAGGUCUGAAUCCCACAGGUCACAUGAAUGACGCUGCCUUUAAGUGAGUGGUCAAAUGUGAUUUAGUACAUUUACUCUAGUUACUUAAGUACUUGAUUCAGUAUUCCCCCUUUAUGUUACUUCAUACUGGAAAUAUUGUACUUUUUACUCAUCUACCUUCGUCUCACAGCUACGACCAGGUUUUGAGGCCAUAAUGAAGAAAGAAAAAUGGACUUUUCAACAAUAAUGUUGUUAUAUUAUGAGAAUUAAGCCGUAAUUGAGAAGAAUACGGUUGUAAUUUAAUGAGAAAAACAAAAACAAAAUUAUAUAUGCAGCAAGGAGAAAUAGGAGUUUAAUACUCUUUUGUAUAUAUGUAUUAUUAUAAAUUAGAGACUGACUUCAACAAUUAAAAUACUAGUACUCUGUAUUAAUAAUCCAGUUAUAUGAUAUAAAAACUAUUGAGGGACAUAUUUGUACAUGAUCAUUACUUUUAUCAGUAUUAAUUCAAACUUUAUAAUUAUUACAAAACUUCGAUAACAGCAACAAACAAAUAUAAAGAAGUAUUAAAUGAUAUUCUGAAUAGAUUUCCUAUUUCUUUAUUUUUUGGAAAUGGAAUGAAAAGUAUUAUUGGGCUGUAAAUAUGUUAUAAAGUGCAGAUGUGUGUCUUUGUACUUCCUUGUAAUGAAGUUGUUGCUGAUGAAAAACAAACUGUCACUAUUAUAAUAUAUAAUAUAAUUGGCCUUAAUUUGAACUGUGAAUAAAUGUAAUUGCACAGUAGAGUUUAAGUAAAUCCCAUUUUGUGAAACAUACCAUAAAGAAAGAGAAAAGUC